AUGAGCGUCUACAGUCGGCUGCUAAACAUGAGCGUCUACAGUCGGCUGCUAAACAUGAGCGGCUACAGUCGGCUGCUAAACAUGAGCGGCUACAGUCGGCUGCUAAACAUGAGCGGCUACAGUCGGCUGCUGAACAUGAGCGUCUACAGUCGGCUGCUGAACAUGAGCGUCUACAGUCGGCUGCUGAACAUGAGCGGCUACAGUCGGCUGCUAAACAUGAGCGUCUACAGUCGGCUGCUGAACACGAGCGGCUACAGUCGGCUGCUGAACAUGAGCGUCUACAGUCGGCUGCUGAACAUGAGCGUCUACAGUCGGCUGCUAAACAUGAGCGUCUACAGUCGGCUGCUGAACACGAGCGGCUACAGUCGGCUGCUGAACAUGAGCGGCUACAGUCGGCUGCUAAACAUGAGCGGCUACAGUUGGCUGCUUAACAUGAGCGUCUACAGUCGGCUGCUGAACAUGAGCGUCUACAGUCGGCUGCUGAACACGAGCGUCUACAGUCGGCUGCUGAACACGAGCGUCUACAGUCGGCUGCUGAACACGAGCGGCUACAGUCGGCUGCUGAACAUGAGCGUCUACAGUCGGCUGCAAAACCUGAGCGGCUACAGUCGGCUGCUGAACACGAGCGUCUACAGUCGGCUGCUGAACAUGAGCGUCUACAGUCGGCUGCUAAACACGAGCGGCUACAGUCGGCUGCUAAACACGAGCGGCUACAGUCGGCUGCUGAACAUGAGCGUCAGGAAACCACCUUCAGUCUUGCGCAGAUUUGUCAUAUUUUAUUGUUUACAUUCAUGGACCAACGCGAGCGAGGCCCGCUGUGCUCAGGGAGGCCCGCUGUGCUCAGGGAGGCCACUGUCGGGCGCUAUAUAA